AUAACAACCGGCACGGCGGGCUAAACAAAGGCGUGCAGACUCUGAGUUAAAAACCUCAACUUUUAAACAAGAAAACUUAAAAAAACAAAAACAAAACGCAAUAGUUUGGGCUAAUACACCGUUGGAACAUAAGAGAUCUUUAUUAUUGGCCAGUUCAAUCAUAGCCACAAUUUUAGCUAGAGAUUUCUGAUUCUGAAACGUGAGCUCACCAUAAGUAGUCAUGGUCUGCCUGAAUGUGGACCUGAUUGCCAAAUCCCACGCACACUUGAAAAACAGAAGAAGCAUGUCUCUUUCACAAUAUCUGAAGAAAGUCACCCACCUGAAUUUUUCCAACAAAAAUAUUGAAGAUAUUGGGGAUAUUUCUAUAUGCAGAAACCUCACAGUCCUCUAUCUCUAUGACAACCGGCUGACACAGAUCUGUAACCUGGACUUUGCCUGCAGUCUCACACACCUGUACAUGCAGAACAAUAACAUCAAGCGCAUCGAGAGGUUCUCCUGCCUGCAGAGGCUCGCCAAGCUGUACCUGGGAGGCAACAACAUCUCUGUGGUCGAGGGGCUGGAGCAGCUGACGGAGCUCAGGGAGCUGCACCUGGAGGGUCAGAGGCUGCUACCGGGGGAGAAGUUGCUCUUCAUGCCCAGUAGCCUGUUGGCCGUCUCAGAAUCAUUAAAUGUUUUAAAUAUAAGCAACAACAACAUUGAUGAAAUUCAGGACCUUGCCGUUCUUAAGCGACUGAAACAGCUAUUUGCUGCCAAUAACCAACUUCAGGAUGUUGCGGAGCUAGAAGACGUUUUCAGCCAAUGGCAGGAGCUGUGCCGGAUGGACCUGAGUGGGAACCCGGUUUGUCACAAGCCCAAGUACUGGGAUACUGUGAUAACUGUGUGCAGGAGGCUUGAGGAGCUGGAUGGGAAGGAAAUUAGCGAAUUUUCCAGACAGUUUCUAAAAAACUGGAAAGCCUCAAGAGAGGUGAAAAAAAAGUCAGAGAGGAAAGACUAAUGACUGGACCGACAGCCUACCUGUUUCCCGGUAAGGACACCUCUGGUUGAAAUUUUAAGUGAGUAAUGUAGGCCUGUUACACAGCAAACUCGAGGAAGGGAUUAUUGAUAUAUAAAUGUGGGUUUUAGAAUUGUUGUGUGUAUAUAUAAAUAUAUGUUUUGUAUUUCAUCAUCAUCAUCAUCAUCAUCAUUAUUAUUAUUGUUAUUAUUUAGUAGUUGUAGCAGUAGUAGACCUAGUAGUUUGGUUAUUAUGGUUUCAGCGCUUACAUAAUUAUAUGUGACUUCAGGUUACCGUACCUAUUGUCAGGGGCGGAUUAACGCACAGGCUAGAUAUGGCUUAAGCCUAGGGGCCCCACGUGUGCCAGCCUGCAAGGGGGCCCCCAUUGGCGCGGAGGGGGGUGGGGUUGGGGGGCCCACAGACUACUGUAGCCUAGGGGCCUCUGUACACCUUAAUCCGCCCCUGCCUGUUGUAUUGAACAAAGUAAAAGUACUUGCCGAGUAGUCUAGUAUGACUGCACUAUCUUUGCAUAAUCUCCAGAUCCGUGUUUGCCCCAAAACGCAGCAUCUCUUUCUGUCAACUCCUCAUCCUGGUCAUACUUAGUCUGGAGUCUAACGCUGGCGCUUCGGUAAUCAAUAUUAGAUCUUUACGUGUAUUUCUUUUCAUCCACGGAAGUGUGUUUGUAAAAUAUAUUUUCCCAUUGAUUUUAAACCUAAUCAAUGACUCAUAAUAUGCAUUAUGACCUUCUCUGCCUCAUCCCUUGGAUCUUCCUAUUAGCACAUAUUCGCCAUUCCCCCCGUUUCCACCUGUUUUGUGUACCGCUCUUGCCAGCUGUCGUAGUACAUUCGCGCUGCUUUAAAACUUGAUCACCGGUCACCAUCUGUGACAUGAUCUAUGAUUUUGCAAAGGCCAGUUAAAGUUUAUGUAUAUAUUUAAUACUUUCGUUAAGACGCCAUAGUAUAACCCACUAAAUUUCCCCUCUAUUUUUGACUGACACUGGACUGUACCAUAAAUAUCGUAUUAUACCAAUAGGUCUAAUACUUAGUGACACCAAAGUUAUUACACUUAAGUAAUGUCAGAAUGUAGGAUCAGUUACACAGCCCCAGCUGAAAUGGUCAGGGGUCUUAUUGGUUCAGAUCUGGGAUUUGAUUUCCCUGUCUACCUAAACAAUAUUACUCAUAUAAUUCAUCAAAGCAGGUGUAUGAUUCUUCAAAGCAAACUGGUCUUUUACAUGGUCAGAAAAAUAAUCUAAAGCCUGUUGCAGUUUAUCCUUCAUUACUCAUCGUAAAAGCUUUAUUCAUUCAGUAUGAGUCUGCAAAUAGUCACACUUAUCAGGACCAUGACUUCCUUUAAAACACCAACCCCACUUGCGCAUUGUUAUUUAGAAGUUAUUUAGAAAGGCAAAGAGCAGCACACAGAUAUUAAACAGAACUGGGCGGAGAAAAUGACUACUGCCUACAGUAAAUCAUAAUUUACAAAUUUGUGAGCAAUUAUAGGAAGGUAUAUUUUGCAACUAGCGCACGUGAGCACGCAAUAUUUUCAGUAAUAAUUAGUAGGAAAUAUAGCAGUUUACAUAAGUGGGUGUGCGCGUAAAAAUGUUUGAAUAACUGUAUAAUAGGUUUUUCAAGUUUGCUGUUCUCUGUCAAGCAGACGGCGGACCCUGAAGUUUUCAACAAACGCAGAGGCGCCAAUUCUCCCCAAAUCCGGGUCCAUAUGGCUCUGUGAAAGCUGUAUAGCUAAGUUUAGCCAAAAUGGAUAUCGGCACUGUUGACAGAUCACUGCCUCUGUGCUGACGAAUAUAUCCCACAUUCAUGUUUAAAUAAGCUUAGUUGUUUUUAAUACACUGCUGAGGGCAUUUAUGGCUGCACUUGUUUCAAUCUUACACCUAGGACUGGAAAGCGUACUGAUAAUCGAAAUGUUGUAUGUUAUCCUGACAUACUGGAUGUUCACAUAUAUCCACGUCAAUGUGCUGGUUAAAUUCAAAAAGAAUUUAAAAUUGUGUUGUUAUAAUUACCUUAAAGUCAAGCAAGUUGUUUUGACAUUAUUUAACAUUAUUCAUAUGUGUUUUUGGGCAAUUUUAUUUGUUGAGUGAGAAUUUCGUUUUACAUGUACAAUGACAAUAAAGACAUUCUAUGAAAGCAAGAAUUGUACGUGUUGCAAUAACCCAGGUAGCAUUUCAAAUAUACUAAUACAACAUACAAGACAGUGGAGCUUAGGAAUAUGAAAAAUAUCAGGAAAAGUGUAUGAAUGUGUGAAUUUCGUAUAAAAUCUAUAUGAAUUACUUGUUACAGUAUAUAAUUCAAAAAUACCGAAUAAAGAAAGCUGCUAAUGGUAUCUAUUUGUCGCGUUCCUUCUGUUAAAUUAAAUAUUUCAAUUUCCGAAAUAA